UGAAUAGACAUCCACUGUCCCUGAACCGGUUAAAAGCACACUAUUAAACUAAUUACACUAUAUUUUUUGAGGCAAAUCUCAAAACCUUUGACUACGUGUGUAGAAUCGAUUUGCAAGUAAAAUUAGAUGUAUUCCCAAUAAAUUUACCAGUGAGAACACAUAAAUCCAAUCUUCCCGGGGGAUUUCCUGAAGAUACACACUAACACGCAUAUUCCCAUUCAAGUCUCAUUGUAACAGUCUUGAUAUAAUCCAAGAGUCAGUGAAACAGAUGCAUGCGGGGACUCCAAAGCCCCCCAGCGGUAUUACAUGAAAACAGGAGGGCCAGAGGGUGGAUGAAAAACAUCUGAUGAAAUGCCAGUUUAGUGGAUGAGAGGAAACAUUUGGUGAUUGAAAAGGAUUAGGGAUUACAGACACAGCUCACUGACUGCACCAAAGUCAUAACAUCAUCAUUUGGUCUAUGUAACUGUCUGGUUUUGUCUUGCUGGAUCUUUUCUGCUGGAAGAUGGAAGAAUUGACUUUGGGAGUUGGUGAAUUGAAUUGCAGAAUGUAGCCACCAAUCUUCUACUCAUCCUGGAGUUCUUCCUCUUUCCAAGGCAGCAUGUGUCACCUCCUCGCCAGCCUUCUUUUACUAGUUCUAGCAUUUGUCUUAAAUCCCCUCCUUCUACCCUCCGUGGUGUGCUCACGGUUAUGUCCGCGCCACUGCCUUUGUUACGAAAACACCGACUUGGUGGAUUGCCGUGACCGUGGGCUCGAACACGUUCCCAGGGGGCUCCCGCAUGGCACCUGGCUGCUGGAGCUGAGAGGAAACAACCUGAGUGAAAUUUGCACCAGAGCCUUUGCGGGCCUGUGGUCCUUACGGGUGCUCGUGCUGGCCAACAGCCACAUACGGACCCUUCAACCACAGGCUUUCUUCUCAUUGUCUUACCUUGAGAAGCUGGAUCUCAGUGAUAACCGGCUAACAAGUCUUCCUGCUGACUUCUCUGUGGGCCUGUCUGCUCUUAGGGUGCUGCGACUGGAGCACAACAAUUUAGAUCAUCUGUCUGCAUUCAGCUUUGAAUAUCUGGACAACGUUGAGAAAAUGGACCUUAGUCAUAACCAUCUGGUGUCUGUAAGCCCUGGUGUGUUCAGAGGCCUUUCAAGGCUCAGGCAGCUCUACUUGCAAAACAACAGACUGUCUGUCAUGCACCAAGGGAGCCUUGAUAUGCUUCCUGGACUGGAGGUGCUCCAGCUGAGUCACAAUAACAUUUCUCUGAUCGACACGAAGGCUCUGACUCCUCUCUACAACCUAGCGGUUCUCGAUCUGGAGGGAAACAACCUGCGUCACUUGAAAUUCAAAACCUUCCUUAAUCUGCACACAACAGCGACACACAUCCAGCUGGCAGUUGUUGUCUCCUCACCAGGAAACCCUUGGACCUGCGACUGUGAGCUGCACCGCGUGUUCAGCAAGAUCCUUCACGUUCGACACCUCCACAUCGACGACUACCGCAAUGUGACCUGUCACCAGCCGCCGCAGCUGGCCGGGGCUUCACUGGCUUGGGUAGACAGCAAACUGUGCAUCGCAGAGACAGCCACUGUACUCGUCAUUACCGUAACAGUUCUGGUCACAGUGGUGGCAGCUGUGGUAAUGGCAGAACGGAACAGGAAGAGGAAUCGUGGCAAGAACUGGGACACUGAAUCCCAAAACCAAACCCACAGUCCGCCAUCUUGAAAGCAAAUGGAGAUCGGGGACAGACAAUUGACGGAUGCGAGAAGCUGUUAAAAGCACAGACAGAAAUACAAUGUAUUCUUAGAGGGAAAGUUAUCAUGAGCAUAAGUCAUUCACUGCUAGCCCACGUACCAGAGUAUCUGUUGUAAAUAGUAAAAGAGGGAAAUUGAUAUUGAUAUCACAUAUUGAUGGCAAUAAACGUCCAAUCCAUUUCAAAUGGGAGGGGGGUUAAAGUGAUUGUUCGAGUUAAGAAAUAAGCUUUGUGAGGUCACAAAACAAAAUAUAAAUAAGCUUCCCAGAGCAAAAGCCGUUUGAAUGUAUGUCUUUAUUCUUUUUCUUGUUUAGCAUUAUUCAUAUAUUUUUUUAUUACUCAUGGCUUUA